AUGACCGAAGAAUUCCUAUUGAAAUUUCAAGAUAUCAAACCAACCCCCAUUCAAACUGACAUCCCUAAUGAAUUAUGCCAAAUUCUUUAUACAAAAGAAUAUGCUAAUCUAAUGGGUGUAACAAGAACUCUAAUGAACAAUCGUGAACACUCUAAGAGAGCUCUGGAAUUAACUUCUGUUGUGAUUGAAAUUGCUCCAGCUUUUUAUACAGUUUGGAAUUAUCGUUAUAAUAUCAUUCACGAUAUGGUUUUACAAUUGAAAGAUGCUAAUCAGGAAAAAGUUAUCGAAUUUCUAAAUAAAGAUUUGGAUUGGCUAGAUGAAUUGACUUUAAACAACCCCAAGAAUUAUCAAAUUUGGUCUUAUAGACAGGCUAUUUUGAAUUUGCAUCCCAAGCCAGAUUUCAAAAGAGAUCUACCUAUUUUGAAGAUUAUGUUGCAUGACGAUACAAAGAAUUACCAUGUUUGGUCGUAUAGGAAAUGGUUAAUUGAUUUUGUUAAAAACGAUUCUUUAUUCGAUUUCAACAUUGAAUUGAAUUUCACAAAUAUUUUUAUUGAUAGAGAUAUCUAUAAUAAUAGUGCUUGGACUCAUAGACUUUUUGUAAUAAAGACUAAUCCUGCAAAUAAAAAUAUAGAUUUCAAUUCUAAACUGAUUCAAAAUGAAAUAAUAUUUACUAAGAAAAAUAUUCAUUUAUGCCCACAGAAUAUUUCGUCUUGGAAUUAUUUGAUAGCAUUAUUAGAUUGGUUAAAUAAUGGUAAAGCAACUGAUGAUUUGAUCGAAUUUGCUUCCCAAUUUGUUUCUGAUUUUUUUUCCAAUACUGCUAUUUUACCAAAUAUUCAAUCAUCAUAUGCUUUAGAAUUCUUGGCUGAUCAAUAUAAACUAGAUCCGAAAAGAAUUAAUGAUUCUAUAAAGGCUUAUAAAGCUCUGUCCACUAAAUAUGAUCCAAUAAGAACUCCAUAUUGGAAUCAUUUAAUUAAGGGAUUAUCAUAG